AUGAUUACUCAAUUAUUUUGCCUUGCCGUUUUCAGAUACAACACCUUUGCUCGUACAGUACCAGCCGAAACGGACAUCGUGAAGGCUUUUAUUGCACUAUGUCGUGAACACAACUGGAAGAAGUUCACGAUUAUCUAUGAAGAACGUCCAGCUCAUGAAGAGUUAUAUCAGGCGCUUCGGCAAGCAAUCGACGUUGAAAAUGCACGUAUGGAAUUGGAUGAAAUACGCUAUUCUGUGCAGAACGUGUCGAAAGUGAUUGGCUUCAGUGAAGUGCAAUCAGAGAAAACUCAUUGGAGCAUGUACGUCACAUUUGGUAAUGUACGACUGUUCCGGAAAAUUCUGAUGUCGAUGGGCAAAUUGGGUCUGACGGACGCACAGCAGUACCUGUUGAUCUAUCUCGAUGCUGAUUACAACUGGUUGAACGUCUAUCAUGCAAUGAAUAACCACUUUUUUAGGAAUACAAUGAUUGACUUGCAAUCGUCAUGGGAUGUCAGCAACUCUUCUGAUCACCGAAUUAUCGGCUAUUCACGAGCUGCAUUAGCAAUCAUUCCUACUCCAGUUGAGCUUAAUUCAGAUAGAUUCAAAAAGUUCUGGGCACAAGCUGUGAAAGACCUGGCCAAUUUCGGUAUCACAAAGCAUGAGCACACGUGGUCCAUUAAGGUAAACCGUUUUGCGUGUUAUCUGUACGAUGCGGUGUACCUGUACGCACGUGCGCUGCAUGAGUUGAUCGAGGAGACGACGGAAAGGCAGAUGCAUGGCUACGAUCCGACAAGAGACGGAGCAGCCAUCAUUAAGAAAGUGUUGAAUCGCAAGUAUUCGAGUAUGCAAGGCUUUGACAUGCGAAUCAACGAACACGGUGAUGCCAAAGGAAAUUACACGCUGUUGUCGUGGCAAGUAGUGGAGCCGGUUCGAACGAAAGGUGAUGGUAAUUACUACCCGCUUGACCACGCUCUUGACAUCACAGCCAUGUUUGUCGAUGGAGGUGAUGGACAUAACAACAUGCCCAAGCUUGUGUGA